AUGAACAAAUUCAGCUAAUUGGAUUUACGAGAGAUGAGGUCGUAAUUAUGUAUUCGGAUGAAACCAAAAGAUCUUUUAAUUUUCAAAUUGUAGAAUCAAGUGAAGAUAUGAUGGAUCUUAAAAGUGAGGCAGCUAACAAACUAGAUAUGGUACUUGAGGUUAGUGAAGUGCCUAGUCAAGGAAAUGACAAAUAUAAAGUCAAAUUUGAUGAACUAAAGCAGAAUUUAGGUGAUGAUAAUAAUCAAAAUUCAGAGAAGGAGGACAGCAAAAAAAGUAAUGAUAAAGAAGAGGAUGCUAAUAUGAUAGAGAAUGACUACGAAGAGGAGGUUGAUGAAAUGUAUAAAAGAAAGAUGGACUAUGAAGCUGAAGAGGAAGUCGAUGAAAUGUAUAGAGGAGAUAUUGAAGAGGCAGACCAGAUAGAUAGGGCGGAAUUUGAUGGGAUAGAGGAUGAAGAAACUAGCGUCAUAGAAAAAAGAAGAAAGAAAAAAAGUAAAUGCGAAACAUCAAGAAAUAGUGAAUUAAUGAUUAAAACUGCGAAACAAAUUUUAUUACCAUGCAGUUUUGAGUCUACAAGAUUUCAAC